UAGGCGGCGGAGGAGGAGGAGGAGGGCUGAGCCAUGGCUGCGCUGAGGCUGGGCUCCUUGGGCUUCUGCUGCUGCUUCUUCUUCUGCGCCUCUGCUUUCCCUUUUGUGCCUCUCUGGAGCCCCAACGACAGACCCAUCAUCGGGGUAUUAGCACAGGAAACUCACUUUAAAACCUUGGAAAAGUUUGGAAAAUCUUAUAUUGCUGCUUCUUAUGUGAAGUUUCUGGAAUCUGCUGGAGCACGAGUAGUACCAAUAAGAUUAAUCCACUCAGAUGAAGAGUAUGAUAAGAUUUUCCAUUCCAUCAAUGGGAUACUCUAUCCUGGAGGUGGUGUUGACCUUAAGACUUCAGAAUUUUCCAGGGUUGCAAAGAUAUUUUACCAUAAAGCACUAGAGGCUAAUGACAGAGGGGACUACUUUCCAGUGUGGGGUACUUGCUUGGGUCAUGAGUUGCUCACCUAUCUCACCAGUGGGGAAAAUCUCCUGACUUGGACUAAUACAGAUGGCUUUGCAUUGCCACUGAACUUUACUGAAGGUGCCAAAGACAGCAGAAUGUUCCAACAUUUUCCUGAUGACCUGUUGCAAGUAGUAGCUUCUGAACCUGUGACUUCAAACUUUCAUUUUUGGAGCCUUUCUGUGCAGAAUUUCACAAAUAAUGAGAAGUUGCGUGAGUUCUACAAGAUCUUGACAACCAAUAUUCAUAAUAUUGAAUUCAUAUCCACCAUGGAAGCUUACAAGUACCCUGUGUAUGGUGUCCAGUGGCAUCCAGAGAAAAAUCCAUAUGAAUGGAAGAAUUCAACAGGUAUACCACAUUCCCAGUCAGCAAUGAAAGUAGCAUAUUUCAUAGCUGACUUCUUCGUCAAUGAAGCCCGAAAGAGCAACCAUCAUUUUCCCAGCAAAGAGGAAGAAACCAAGGCACUAAUCUAUAACUUCAGCCCUGUUUUCACUGGGACAUUUUCUUCCUUUGAGCAAAUUUAUUUUUUUGAUUAAAUUUUAAGCCAGAAUCAUGGCAAAAAUUAUCUGUCUGCAGCAAAAUUCUGAAUGAAAUGGAUUUGGGUCAUUGCAAAGAGCUGACAGAGUGUGUACAGCACCUUCUAAGACACACACCUCCCUGACAUACUUGCACUUUUUUGCACUGCAGUAGAAUAUCCCACUGAGAAGAACUCCUAUGAAAGCAUCAUUGGAGUGAAUGGCAUCUGUGUAAAAUCACUGGCAUCCAUAAAUAAUAGAAUAUCGGAGCUGGAAAGAACCACAAGGGCCAUUUAAUCCAACCCUCUGCCAUGCAACAAUAUAAAACUGAAGCACUCCUAAAGGAUACCCAUCCAACUUCUAUCAAGGCCCCCAAAGAUAGAGAGUCCACCACCCUCUGAGACAGUCCAUUCCAUGGUUGAACAGCUCUUAACAACCGAAAAGCUCUUCCUGGUGUUUAGGUGGAAAUUCUUUUCUUAUAAUUUGAAUCAAUUGAUUUGUGUUUUGGUUUCUGGAGUAGCAGGAAACAAGCUUGAUCCUUCUUCUAUUUGACAUCCCUUCAGAUAUUUAAGGAUAACAUGUCAUCUCUCAGUCUUCUUGUUAAACAUGCUUAGCUCCUUCAGUCAUUCCUUGCUUUCUAGACCUUUGAUCUUCAUUCUCUGAACAGUUUCUUAAACUUUGGUGCUCAAAACAAGACACAGAUCUCUAGGUUAGAUCUGACAAAAGCAGAAAAGAAUGCCACUACUACUUCCCUCAAUCUAUACUGUAGCUACAGUCCAGAAAGACAUUGGCUUUUUCUGGCUGCUGUAUCACAUUUUUUAUUCAUGGUUAGUUUGUGGUCUACUAAUAUCCCUAGAGCCUUUUCACAUGUACUGCUUUCAAGCCAAGUGUCAUCUAUUCUGUAUUUGUGCAUUUCAUUUUUCCUGCCUAGAUGCAGUGCCUUCCAUGGACACAUAGCCUGCAAAACCCACAAAAAACUGUGCACUGUAAUACCAGUUUCUAAUCAUUUUACACAUUUAAAGGAGUCACCAAGCUCAGGAAAUGGGGCUAUGAUGAUGGAGGUCUGUCAUGAUAGCUGCAUGUUCUGAUACAACUCCCAAAAAUCCACCUUAGAAGCCAGACAGUGCCACUAGCAUAGGAAUUACUGAGGCAGUAGGGAGAGGAGUAGUGAGUGAAAAAGUAUCCACCUCUCCUGACAGCAAGGUGCUUUGGGAUAGGCAGCCACGGGGACAUUCCUAUUGUGUCCCAUCACAACUGCUUAUUGCAAAAUGCCUUGCUGCUGGGAGAGGGAUGGAUGCCUCUUCACUUACCACCUUGCUGCCCAGUGUCUUGGAAAGCCCUAUUUUGGUGAUGCUGCCUGGCUUCUAAGAUGGGGUUGGGGGGGCAGUUUGGUUUGUUUCAUUGGUGCAGUCACUAUAAACAUGAAUUCCAAUAUUUAUGAUGCCGUACAUCUAGCUUACAACAGUAUAAAUACUGAACAGGAUGCCAGACAGCAUUGUUGUUAAUAGGUAUUAGGAAUUUCCAGGUGACUGAGCUUUGAGCAAAGGACAGGCUGUCUCCUUGGUAACAUGAACAAGACAUGUUUCAUACAGGCUAAGCCACCUUCUAGCUUUCUUUGUCUCUUCUCUCCCAAAUUGUUGUCUCCCUUUUCCCUUUUUUUGUUUUCAUGUACUAUGUAUCCUGUUCCUGCUCCCUUUAUUGGCCUCCCCCACACAUUCCAGUUAUGAAGUUACUCCUCUCUUAAUCCCUUCUUUGAGACCUACUUCUUCAGCAAAGCUUUCUCUUAGUCACAACAGCUUUAGAAAGUUCAAUGGGCUACUCCAACUAAGGCGGUAUCCAUAGUGCAGAAAUAAUCAGGUUGACACCACUUUAAGUGCCAUGGCUCAAUGCUAUGAAAUUCUGGGAAUUGUAGUUUUGUGAGACCUUUACCCUUCUCACUCAAAGAGCUUUGGUGCCACAAGAGAGUACAAUGUCCAGAAUUCCAUAGGAUGGAGUCAUGGCAGUUAAAGUGGUGCCAAACUGGAUGAUUUCUGCAGUGCAGAUGUAACCCAAGUGUGCACAAAAUUGCAGAUGAACCAUUUAGACCAGGCUUUGUCAGUGUGUGGCUCUCUCGAUGUUGAUGGGCAACUUCUGUCUCCCAUAACAAUGGUGAGGCAUUCUGGGAAUUGCAGUCCAGUAACGUCAGGAGGCUCAGCCUUGAAUUUAAUUUUUUUUAAAACUUCCUAAAUUGAACUUUAAAAAUGUUUUCAGUAUGAAUGAUUACAAAGCCUAUAGAUGCUGAGUUUCAACACAGAAGUAGACUUCCCUGUUCCUGCUUGUAUAUUGUGGAUGUCUGCUUUGAGGCAUGCAGACAUGCUCUAGAGGAAGACAAAUAUGUGUUUGAUUUAUUAAUAUAUACAGUGCACCCGCGCUGAAAUGCUGAAAGCUGCACGACAGAACAGGCAAGGGUGUGUGCGCCGUGCCGCGUGCACAAGCUCCAUUGUUUUCAAUGGGGCUCAGGCAUAUGCAGUAUUUGCCUUACAUGGGGGGGGGGGGCUGGAACAGACCCCCCGCAUAAGGCAAGGGCACACUGUACAUGCAUACUUCAUCUACGAUGUCUGGUUUGAGGCAAGCAAACACAUUAUAGAGUGAAGGAAUAUGUGUAUUUUUAUUGAUUUAUUUAUGUAUACAUAUGUGCAGAUUUAAUUUAUUAAAUCUCCAGCUAAUUAUUGUUGGCAGCCCAGGUGCUAAAUAUGUUUAGUAGCAAGAUGUUAUGUUUUUAUCUGCUGUACAUUUUGCACUGGAAAGUAACAUUCCCAGGAAUGGUGAAUAAUAGUAACAGGAAAAGUAGUACUGCUGUUAGAACUUUCAUAUAUCAGACAUUUACCACUUUCAGCUGCUUCUGUCAUCUUGAGCCCUACUCAAAGUCAAGAGCAAGUUAUUUUAAAAUAAAAUAAAAUAUAAUAAAAAUUAUAUAGAUAGGAAUAGUUUUAUCCGGGCCCCAGAUUUCUUUAUUUUGUUAACCAAAAGAACUUGUAUAUGUGUGGACUUCACUUCUAGUGGCUACAAACACAUGUGGGUUUCCCAUAUCAGCUGCUCCUAAGGGAAAUUACCUGCUUCUGUAUCUUACUUCCACUCCCUGUGAAGGUAGGUGCAGUAAGUGGGUGUAUUUGGCAUUUUUGGUGCCAUCAGUAGUCUCCAGAGAAGUUGAGAUCAGGGUUUAAAGGAAUAGUAUUUUUCUAUGAUUCGUAUGUUCACUUUUUCUGCAGCUGUUUGGCAUUACAGUUACAGUCUAAUAUACUGACCAGCUGGAAUCAAAGCUAAAAAAAUGGAAUAAAUUUAAAACAAGGAUACUAUGUACCUACCUGUCAUUGCUAUUUGAUGCUUUAAUGCCAUUUAAUGCAAUCGAUCUAUCUCUCUUUUGCUUUUGGACUUGAAUUCAUGAAAAAGCCCUCCUUACUCCCUAUGUAAGUGCUUGUUGAUGUUUAAUAAAGGAGAAUGCAACAUU